AUGUGCCCAAACCUGACGACGUACCAUCACGUAGACAUCGGAACACCUAAAGUGGUCGAAUCGGACGAGACGGACAGUGACGAGUAUCACGAUGUAAACAAUGUUAAUUAUAAGGAUUUUGACGAAAGUAAUUUUAUGUAUAGAUUCAGUGAAGUAUUUGCGGAUGGGCUUGGACGGUUCAGCGGCGGGCGGGUUAGCAUCCACCUGCGGCAGGGGGCGCGGCCGGUGUUCAUGCGCGCGCGUCCUCUGGCGUAUGCGCUGCGGGAACCGGUGGAGCGAGCGCUCGAGCAGCUGGUGCGAGACGGCGUCCUCACGCCGGUGGAGCGCUCCGACUGGGCCACACCCAUUGUACCCGUUCUCAAAAAGGAUGAUGCGUUAUCUCGUUUGCCGCAACCGGUACAUAAACGGCUUCCGAAGUCGGAGGGAAUGAAUUACAUUAAUUUCGUAGAAAAUUUUCUCCCGGUCACAAAUGAUGACGUCAGAACGGCAACAGCAAGCGAUCCGGAAUUUAGUAGAAUUUUAACCUAUGUUCAGUCCGGAUGGCCCGCGUCCUGCCCAAAAGAAGUGUUGCAGCAAUAUUAUAUUAAACGUAAUGAACUAUACAUAGAUAGGGGCUGUAUUAUGUGGGGUUACCGCUUGGUGAUACCGCGCACUUUAAGAAAAAAAAUACUUAUGCAAUUACAUACUGGUCACAUGGGCAUUGUUAAAACUAAGUCCAUAGCUCGAAGUUACGUAUGGUGGCCUAAUAUAGAUACAGACGUCGAAUCCGAAUGCCGAGCAUGUGAGACGUGCGCGGUGGAGUCACAAGCACCCCCGCGCACCCCACCGCAGCCUUGGCCGUACCAUUUGCAGCCAUGGAGCAGACUCCAUAUAGAUUUUUUAGGCCCUUUUAACGGAAAAAAAUUUCUUAUUUUAAUAGACUCCAGUACGAAAUGGCUAGAAGUGUUUGAAAUGCCAAAAACAAAUGCUACAGCGGUUAUUAAGGUAUUACGGUGUACGUUCGCAAGAUUCGGCUUACCACUAGAGCUAGUAUCGGAUCAAGGGCCACCCUUCACUAGCGCGGAAUUUAAGGAGUUUUUAACACGAAAUGGUAUUCAGCAACGUUUCUCGCCUGCUUAUCACCCGUCUUCGAAUGGCGCCGCGGAAAAUGCUGUAAAUAUUUGUAAAAAAGCAAUAAAAAAAGCACAUAGGGAAUCAAUCGAUGUUGACGCCGCGUUGCAAACAUUUUUACUUACUUAUCGUAACAGUAUACACAGCAGCACAGGUGAAAGCCCUUCAAUGCUGUUACAAAAACGAACGUUACGAUCACGGCUAGACUUAUUACGAAGCGAUCGCGCGCUCAUAAAUAAGGUAAAUCAGGCUCAAAGUAAGCAAGUGGAGUACACGGGCGGGGUGCAGCGCUCGUUUGCACCGGGGGAACCUGUGUGGGUGCGAGAGUACGGCCACAAGGAUAGGUGGGUGAAGGGAACGAUAGUUCAUGGCGAAGGUUCGAGGAGAUAUUCUGUGGACAAGGGGGACAGUCGACAAGUAGUUAAGCACGUGGAUCAAAUCAAGCGCAGAUCAGGGUUGUACGACAUACCAUUCCCUGAGGAGCAAAGCGAGUCAAUGAGGGUACAAAUACCUGAUAGUAGUGGCUCGGCGAGAGACGGAAUGUCGAAGGAGGACGACGGCCCGGACACAUCUCCGACUACGGUUGUGGGUGAUUCGGGAAAGGAGAGGAAACGGGUUUCGAGUGAACGCAUUAAAAGUCCUGGAAUCGAUUAUAGCACACCGCCAACGUCACCUAGUGCACCGUCGCCUGAACCGCCUCGAGCCCGAUCCGGGCGAGUUCGUAAACCUGUUGUUAGGUUUCAAGUUUAG